AUGUCUUCUACAACAGAUUCGCGCGAGUCAACUGCACCGCAGGAUUACUACUCAAGUCUUGACGAUGAGGGCUUGCUUGUGGAAAAGUUCAAGAACAUCGACGAUAAGACGCAGUUUUACCUUGCUAUGCGCCGUCUACAGGAUCCUCUUACUCGGAAUUUCGUGCUCGAUUUCGGGAACGAAGAGGCAUGGUGUGCGUCUGAUCUGAACACUAACGAACUGAAACGGUUGCUGAGCAAGCCAAGAGACAAGUGCUUCGGUACACGGUGGAUCAAUAUAUGGGCACCAGAGGAGCAGAAGGAAAGCAUAAGGGCGAUUACCAAAUACUAUGGUGUGUCAGAACGGCUACAGGGGAUGAUGUGCACAGAGCCAGUGGAUCCUGCACCCAAAACUACACCUGUACCAAACAAAAGGACUUCGAAAUCGCCUAUUAUUGAGCCGUCGUUCGAGCACGAAGUGGAUGACCCGGAGAAUGCACUCAAGCAUCUCGCCGAUCCAGAUAAAUCGCGCGAGUCGGCGUCAUUCUCGAAUCUCACCUUCGCACAAGUCACGAAUCAAAUCUGGCACUUCUCUUCUGUGGAUCAUGGUCCUCGCUGCACAAUAAUCUCAAUCCAAGAGAACCCGUUCCCGAGACGGAAGGCAGUGCCAAUAGAUGAAGCCAAGCCAGUCCUCGACAUCGUGCGCAGGAACAUCCGCUUUAUUUUCGCUGGCGUUUCGAGACAGCACUUUGCCAUGUCCGAGAGCGAGUCACUGAUUACCAUCCGAGUGCGACAUUUUAGUGACCUCGGACCGGAUCAAGCCAAUAUCAAGCAGAAGGAUGGACCGAGUUUGCUCUUCUACUACAUCUUCGAUGACUGGGUGUCAAGUUAUGGACUUAUCGCAAAGCGAGAACACAAAUAUGGUGUUGCUUUGGAGAAAUUGAGAGGGCAAAUGCUCGAUCGUCCGGUUGUGGAUUUGGUAAACGAAUUGCACUGGCUAGGCCGACGACUCGCAGUUCUCAAACGAUUGUACCGGAGCUAUGAGCUUAUCAUGCGACGACUCUUGCAACGGCAACGUAUGCUCCGCGACGAAGCGCGUUCGUCUCAACCAGCCCCGGUUUCGUAUGGAGCCACCUUUAGCGACAUGGAGUAUGUGGAUAUGCGCCAGUCGAGUGUCGUGAGCGAUUUCACUUUCCAUGACACAACUGAUAAAUCGGUCGGGGUGCAGCUGAGCUCGACGGCCGUGGCGCGUUUCGAACGGUUGGUUGAUCGGAUCAAUCUGUACUGUUUGAGCGAGAUUGAGAACUGUCUGAAUGAGAAAGAGUCGUUGACGUUCCUGAAUUUCAACUUGAUUGCGCUCAAAGACUCGCAGGCUGUUGAAAAGCUCACACGGAUCACUAUCCUGCUGGCUAAGGCGACCAUUUUGUUCCUGCCGGUUAGCUUGAUGAGUGCAUACUUUUCGACGGAACUCGUUGGGGUCAAGAACGGGUACACCAAGGCGGAUUACUGGGUCAGUUUCGUGGUGAUCUUCCUUGUAACCAUCUUGCUCUUGACCGUUUUCGGUUACGCCAGCGAUACCGUCGAGGGCAGGACGAUCUAUCGGUCCAUGAUACGAACAUUCUUCCGACGGUCUCGCCAGAGAAUGUCGCGACGAUCAGAAGAAUAA